CUGUCCCUCGGGCACCGGCCCCUUAGCCGCGGCGCGCGGAGCGGGGGUGUCCUGCUCCGACCGACGGGCCAGCUCGCCUGCCCCGGGCCGCCCUGCGCGCGAGGGGUGUGGGGCAGGGCUGAGACCUGUUGCUGGCGCUGCCACGGGGCUGGGAAUCUGGGCACACGCCGCGGUCUGAUUUAAUCCUCCUGAGAAAGGCCCUGCGCUCCUCCGGCCCGCCUGGAAGUGCCCUGAUGUUGGGUAUUGCUGAGAAGGGCACGAAUCAACACGAGUACAAUUCGAAUCAAAAGCUUGGCUUUGCAGAGCUGUUACCGUAACUCUGCCUCCGGCGGCGGCACCAUCAGAGUCUGUCAUUGCUGAACGGGCUGUUAGCGCGAGACCAAAAUGAAACGGGAUUUCCCCCCCAAAUGAUAUUGGUUUCUACAUUUUAAAAAACGGAAUAAGACUUUCAGCAAUGUAGCGCUGUCCCGUGUUGAUAUUCUAUAACAUCGCAAAGGGUUGAAGCUGAAACAUUUCAGAUGUGUCAAAAUGAGAUGUGACACUAAACGUGUUUUUUUUUUUUAAAUGUUGUAAACAUUUUUGAAACGUUACCAUUUUGUCAUAAUUCGUAAUGGCUUUUUUAAAAUACUGACUAUUUCUGUGGGGUGGAAAAUGUUUUCCAACGAGCUUUGAGCAUAAUGGUCAUCAUGCUGGACUCUGCUCUGGCCACUUUCAGUCAUUAAAACAUAAUUUUAAAUAUUUAAUGUACUUCAUAUUUCCUCAGUUUAGACACUAAAAAAAUGGGUCACUCUCACUUUUAUUUUCUUGUCAACAGCACUUUCAUGUUUUUAUGCAUUUAUCACAAUAGUCAGUGUUUUGGUCGUGAAUACUGCAAUGGAAUGCAUUAAACUUUCCCCUGAAGACUCAUCUCUAGAGAAAGCUAUUAUGAUGUUGUUUCCGUUAGUCUCACAUUUUGUAAACAUUUACUUUUUUUAUAGUGAGUGACAUCUUGUAAUCAUACUCCCAUUCAUGGGCAAUAAAGACCAACUUUAGCUCUCCAAUGUAUGCAUGUGAGCAGCUUCAUUGGAAAUUUCCAGAGAUUUGGUACUUCACUAGCCUCCCUCCUUACAACUACAACUUUUACUUUCUCUUCUGUUUUGUUUUGAGGGUCACAGAAAAAGAUCCAAGCUGAAUCCAGUUUCUUCUAACCUUUGAUGAGAAUUAUUUGAGCACACAGAGAUCAUCAUUAUGUUUCUUGAAAUAUUCCUAACACUGGCCUUGGGGACCAUCGUCUAUCUGUUCCUUUCCAGAAGGAAGGAGGAGACGUUACCCAUUGAAGAGGGUUGGUGGGGGAAAGGGCAGAAACCUGACUCUGAAGAAGAUACAACUGUUCAUCCAUUUAAGGUGGAAACCACAGAAGCAGAGCUGAAUGAUUUAUUUAGAAGACUUGAUCAGGCUCGAUUCACUGAACCCCUGGAGAACAGUUGCUUCCAAUAUGGAUUUAACUCCAUUUAUCUCCGGAAGGUCGUCUCCUACUGGAGAAAUCAGUUCAACUGGAAGAAGCAAGUGGAAGUUCUCAACAAAUUCCCACAAUUCAAAACUAAGAUUGAGGGCCUCGAAGUCCAUUUUGUUCACGUAAAGCCUCCCAGCUUGCCCGAGGGCCGUUCUGCAAAGCCACUGUUAAUGGUUCAUGGUUGGCCUGGCUCAGUCUAUGAGUUUUACAAGAUUAUCCCUCUUUUGACGGACCCUACUAGCUAUGGCCUGAGUGAUGAACAUAUUUUUGAGGUCAUUUGCCCAUCAAUUCCUGGCUAUGGCUUCUCGGAAGCAUCACACAAAAAAGGCUUUAAUUCUGUGAGUGCUGCCUGCAUAUUUUAUAAACUGAUGCUCAGGCUGGGAUUCCACGAGUUCUAUGCUCAGGGUGGUGACUGGGGCUGGCUGAUUUGUACCAACCUGGCCCAGAUAGCUCCCAGCCACGUGAAAGGCCUUCACUUAAAUAUGGUUUCAGUUACGAGCAUGAGAUUUACCCAGAUGCUGUCCAUCCUGUUGGGACGUUAUUUCCCAGGACUCUUUGGUUUCCAGGAUGAAGAUGUCAGGCGGAUGUUUCCUUUCUUGAAAAAGGGACUCUUUAGGAUCUUGAUGGAGAGUGGCUACGCUCACAUACAGGCUACAAAGCCUGACACUGUUGGGUGUGGCCUGAAUGAUUCUCCUGUGGGGCUGGCUGCAUACAUCUUGGAGAAGUUUUCUACAUGGACUGAUAUUGAAUUCCAGAAACAAGAGGAUGGAGGGCUGGAAAGGAAGCAUUCUCUGGAUGACCUUCUCACUAAUGUCAUGCUCUAUUGGGUGUCCGGCUGCAUAGUUUCCUCAAUGCGUUUCUACAAGGAAAAUAUCGGAAAGGGGAUUGGUACACAGAAACAUGAGAAGCUCCCUGUGCGAGUGCCUACAGGUAUUGCUUCAUUCCCUAAUGAAAUUCUGCACACUCCUCAGUCUUGGGCACAGAAAAAGUACAUCAACAUCAUCUCCUUCCAUUUCAUGCCACGGGGUGGCCACUUUGCAGCCUUUGAAGAACCGGAACUUCUUGCCACAGAUAUUCAGCAAUUUGUGGGAAAAGUGGAAAAAGAGGAACUCGGGAAGAAGAAUGGAAAAUAACUUCCCCAGGUGAGGUGUCUUUAGUUUCAGGCACCUCUAAACUCAGUGUAAUCUAUGCUCUGAUAUGCAGGCUUGUCUUGAA